AUUAGACCGAGCCUAGACCUAAAACCAAAAAGAGGAGACUAACCCGUACAAUCCAAGCGAUAAGGACUAGUAUUGUUUACUUGAAUGCUGAGUCAUGUCCUCAUAAGAACUCAUCAAAUCAAACUAUAUUCGUAAAGAUUAUGCAAAAAUUGAUACGGAAUUUCAUAAUCAAUUUUCUUCUUUAAUCCGCGCCGGAGAAAAAUGUUGCAGUUUUCGAUUUGCCGAGUGAGGAAAUUCACUGUUCUGCGGCCUCAGAUCUUUGCUUUUGGAAAUCCUCGUUUCUCCACCUCCGCUGAACCGUCUUCUAAGUGUAAUCCUCCGAGAGUUCCAAAUCUUAUAGGAGGGAAUUUUGUUGAUUCUCAAUCCUCAGCAUUCAUAGAUGUCAUAAAUCCAGCAACACAAGAAGUUGUUUCUCAAGUUCCAUUGACUACAAAUGAAGAAUUUAAAGCUGCAGUGUCUGCAGCAAAGCAGGCAUUUCCUGCAUGGCGGAAUACUCCAGUUACAACUCGUCAACGAGUUAUGUUGAAGCUUCAAGAACUUAUUAGGCGAGAUAUUGACAAACUUGCUCUAAAUAUUACUUCAGAACAAGGAAAAACAUUAAAGGAUGCUCAUGGAGAUGUAUUCCGUGGGCUAGAGGUUGUGGAACAUGCAUGUGGAAUGGCAUCUCUGCAAAUGGGGGAGUAUGUCUCUAAUGUGUCUCAUGGAAUUGAUACCUACAGCAUCAGAGAGCCUCUUGGAGUUUGUGCUGGGAUUUGUCCAUUCAAUUUUCCAGCCAUGAUCCCCCUAUGGAUGUUCCCAGUUGCUGUUACAUGUGGGAAUACUUUUGUUUUGAAGCCUUCAGAAAAAGAUCCAGGGGCUUCUAUAAUUCUUGCAGAGUUAGCAAUGGAAGCUGGAUUGCCUAAUGGUGUCCUAAAUGUGGUUCAUGGUACUAAUGAUGUCGUCAAUGCUAUUUGUGAUGAUGAAGAUAUUAAGGCAAUAUCAUUUGUCGGUUCAAACAUUGCGGGCAUGCAUAUAUAUUCAAGGGGAUCAGCUAAAGGAAAACGUGUUCAGUCUAAUAUGGGGGCAAAAAAUCAUGCGAUUGUCUUGCCCGAUGCAAGCAUAGAUGCUACUUUGAAUGCUUUGGUUGCUGCUGGAUUUGGUGCUGCUGGACAAAGGUGCAUGGCACUCAGUACAGUUGUCUUCGUUGGAGACUCCAAGUUGUGGGAGGAUAAACUUGUAGAACGUGCUAAAACUCUCAAGGUAAAUUCUGGAAUGGAACCUGAUGCAGAUCUUGGUCCAGUAAUUAGCAAGCAGGCAAAGGAGAGGAUUCACAGAUUAGUUCAAUCUGGCAUUGAUAGUGGAGCCAGGCUACUGCUAGAUGGGAGAAAUAUAGUGGUUCCCGGAUACGAGCAGGGCAAUUUUAUUGGCCCUACUAUAUUAUCAGAUGUGACAGCUGCCAUGGAAUGCUAUAAGGAAGAAAUAUUUGGCCCAGUUCUGCUUUGCAUGCAGGCCGAAAGUUUAGAGGAGGCCAUUAACAUUGUUAACGGAAAUAGGUAUGGCAAUGGAGCUUCCAUAUUCACCACAUCCGGCAUAGCGGCAAGGAAGUUUCAGACGGAGAUUGAGGCUGGACAGGUUGGGAUCAACGUUCCGAUUCCAGUUCCGUUGCCCUUCUUCUCAUUCACCGGCUCCAAGGCAUCUUUUGCUGGGGAUCUCAAUUUUUAUGGCAAGGCUGGAGUUAACUUCUUCACUCAAAUCAAAACAGUGACACAACAAUGGAAAGACUCAGCUGGGGGAAAUACAGUUAACCUUGCAAUGCCAACCUCUAUGAAGUCAUAGGUUUCCUUUCAUUUUGUUGUAAUUACUUUUUAUAAACCUUAUGCAGCUCUUCUCAGUGCAUAUAAUAAAUAAAUACUCUUCUUUCCCACCUUUUUUUA